AUGGUCCAAAUUCUCGGAAAAGAAGUCGGCACUACCGGCUACGGCCUCAUGGGCUUCGGCUUCGCCCGUGAGAGGCUGACGCUCGACGACAUCAUCGCUACUAUGAAGGCCGCCUUCGACCGCGGCUGCCGCCUCUGGAGCGGCGCCGAGUUCUACGGCCCCCCGGACUGGAACAGCCAGCUCUUCAUCCGCGAGUACUUCUCCCGGUACCCCGACGACGCCGCGCACGUCGUCAUCUGCAUCAAGGGCGGCCUCGACACCACGACGCUCUCGCCCGACACGAGUGUCGCAUUCGUGCGGCGCUCCCUCGACAAUGUCCUCGCCCAGCUCGGCGGCAAGAAGAAGCUCGACGUGUUCGGGCUCGCGCGCCGCGACGCCAAGUCCGAUUUCGCGGCGACGCUGCGGAUGAUCCAGGAGGAGUACGUCGACACGGGCAAGGUCGGGGGCAUUUCGCUGAGCGAGUGCUCGGUGCAGACGGUCGAGGACGCGGUCGCGGUGGUGCCGGUGCAGCUUGCGGAGCUGGAGCUCAGCCUGUUCACGCCAGACAUUCUGCAGAACGGUAUUGCGGCCGCGUGCGCCAAGCACGACAUUCCCAUCAUGGCCUACUCUCCCGUCGGCCGAGGUCUUCUUACCGGUGCGGUCAAGGGCGCUGGAGACAUCAAGGGCCGGCUCGGCAUGUUCCCACGUUUCCAUGGGCCGGCCCUCGAUCACAACCUGCAGCUGACGGCGCGCGUGCAGGCGCUGGCCGCGGAGAAGGGCUGCACGGUGGCGCAGCUGGCCCUCGCGUGGGUGCGUGCUCACCAUCGCCGCCAGGGGCUGCCGGCCGUCAUCCCCAUCCCCGGCACGACCUCGAUCGCGCGGCUGCAGGAGAACACGGCCGAGGUGUCGCUGUCCGAAGACGAAUUCGCGUCGCUGUCUACAAUGGCCAACGACUUCGAGACGGCGGGCGACCGCUACCCGGCCAUGUUCCCGACCAACACGUAA